AUGAAUCUUCGCACCGUUCAGCCGAAGAACAAACCCUCCCCUUCCUCCUCCUCCUCUUCCUCCCCUCUCCGCUCCUCUCUUCCCCGAGAGGAAAGGGCCUCCUCUCUCGGGCCAUCUGCGCAACGACAUGCAGUUGAUCUCACCACCUCCUUCCCGCAGUUCAAGCGAGAAAUUGCCCGCAUCCGCUGCUUGGCAUCCCUCAAAUCCGCUGCAGCUGCAGCCGCUGCGGCUUCCUCUGGUGCCGCUUCCUCUCCUCAUGCUGGGUCUCCGUCUGGUAGAACGCACUCCAAAGAGCGGUGGCAGGAGUGGGCCAAGCAAGUGAAGGGAAAGAAGUUUCAUCCUCAUCAGCAGAACGAGCAGCAGGAAGAGGAAAACGAGGAGGACGAGUGGGCUGACCAAGUGAAGGGGAAAAUAUAUCAUCCUCAUCAGCAGACCGAGCAGCGAGAGGAUGAAAACGAGGAGGAGGAGUGGGCCGAGAGAGUGAAAGGAAAGGGGCUCCUGUCACAACAGCAAAACGAGCAGGGGGAGAUGGAGGAGCGGGAGAAGGAGGAGCCACAGAGCUGCGAUGAAAUUCAAAUGGAUCAGCAAACAGAUAAGAAUGCAGAUAAGCUGACAGAUCAGCAGACCGAUGAGCAACAGGAGCAGGAUCAGAAGCAGAUUCAGCAGGUGAAGCAGCAGGUGAAACACUCACAGGGAAAGCCACCGAGACCAAGUCAUAGCCGCAGUAUGAGUGCACAUUCCACUCUCAACAGGCGCCAUCAUUCAGAGCUCCGUCCUCGUUUCUCCUCGCCAGCUACCCCCUCAGAUGCCUCAGGUGAAUUUCCAGGUGCAUCUUCAGGUGUAUCGCCAGGUGCCUCCUCAGGCCCCAGCCGCAGCAGGCACGUUUCCCAUUAUCGAUCGCGCGGCUCCAGUGCUGAAAGGAUGCAUUUUGGCUCUUUUUCUGGUGGACACUCCUCUGCUUCCGAUUCUAAUCUUACCUCUGCAGCAGCAACCAUUUCGGGCGCUAGCGCUUUUUUGCACACUCAGGGGCCUAUUCAGGUCCACCCUCAGGUGUUUUCUAAGGUGCGUGCUCAGGUGCGUCCUCAGGUUUCCCAGUUCCUCUUUGAGACGUGCUUUUCGCCAGAACCCCCGUUGCCUCCUCGUGCAAACCUUCUUCUGGCGAAAUACUCUGAACUGUCAAGGAUGGAACGUAGAGAGCUCUCAAAUAGAGGGCAUGUCCUGAGGCCUGAAAAAGGGGAGAGAGUGCGAAAGGAGAGAAAGGUGGACGUGGAAGAGAGAGAGCGAGAGGAGGAGGAAGAGAAGGGAUUGGAGGGGAGGAGAGCGAAGGUGAACGAGUGCAGUGCAGAGGGGUUGAGAACGGGAAGGGGAGGAGGUAGGGAGAGGGAGGGGGAAACGGGUAAGUUGGUGUGGGAGAAGCUAGAGCAGCAGCUGGAGGUGCAGAUGGAGGAGGAGGAGAGGCGAGACAAAUAUUUGGAGAAUCAGCGAGCAGAGAGCAGAGCGGUGCUGCUGCUGGAGGGAAGAUGGUUGGGAGCUGUGAAGGGCAGGGUGGUGAGGUGGAUGGGCAGCAGUUUCGACAGCAAGAGUGUGGGAAUUGGAGGAGAGGAGAAGGGAGAGAUAAUAGGGAAGAUUGAUUGGACGAGUGAUCGAAGUGGGAUGGAGGGUGAGGGAGAGGAGGGGGAUGAGGAGGAGGAUGCGGAGGAGGAAGGAGAGGAGGAAGGGAAGAAGGGCGGGGAGAUGCUAUCUGCAAGGGAAGAGGCCAUGAUGCUACUUUGGGAGAUCCCGGGCAUAGGGAGCGAGGAGGGGGAGGAAGAGGAGGAGAGGAGGAGGGUGCGAUUAUGUCACUCCCUGGCAGCAGCAGCUGGGGAGAUUGCCAGUGGGGCUUUAAAUGUGGCAGGGGGGAUCAAACAAAGGGCGUUGAACGUGAGGGAGGGGAUUAAAGAAGGGGCAUUGAAUGUCAGGGAAGGAGUUAAGGAAGGGGCGUUGCAUUUCAAGGAAGAAGUGAAGGAAGGGGCGUUGCAUUUUAAGGAAGAAGUAAAGGAAGGGGCGUUGCACGUCAAGGAAGAAAUUAAGGAUGGGGCGUUGAAUGUUAGGGAAGGAAUCAAAGAAAGGGUGUUGAACGUGAAGGAGGGGAUAAAGGGAGCGGUGAUGACUCUAACUGGGGCUGGGAUAUUGAAGGAGGGGCAGGAGGAGAGGGAGUGGGAGGAGGAGGAGGAGGAGGAGGAGGAGGAGGAGGAGGAGGAGGAGGAGGAGGAGGAGGAGGAGGAGGAGGAGGAGGGAACAGGGGAGGUGGGAUCUGGAUUUGGGGUGCUUCCGAGCCUGGGGAGGUCUUAUCUGGGGGAGGUGGAGAUUGGUGCUGUUGGGUUUGCAAAGCUUGUACGGAGAUAUGAUGAUGAUGAUGAUGAGGAGGAGGAGGAGGAGGAGGAGGAGGAGGAGGAGGAGGAGGAGGAGGAGGAGAAGGAGGAGGAGGAGGAGGAUGCGGAUGAGAGCGAGAGUAACAAUAAUGAGGCUGGCAUUGAAGAGGAUGAUGAGAGUGACAAUCACAAGUGUGGUAGCAGCAACAGGGCCAUCUGGUGGGGCGGUUAUGAGGAAGAGGAGAAGCUGAGGGCUGAUGAUUCAGGUGAAGAUUCAGGUACAACUUCAUGUGAAUGUUCACAGAACCCAGUUGUGCUUAGUGGUUUGGAGGAAGGAGAGACUUCGAGUGGGCGAGCGGUAGCGAAAAGGGCAUUGGAAGAGGGGAGCGCAUUGAAUGCGGGAGGAGGAUCAGAAGAGGAAGGAGGGUUAGGAAGGGGUUUGCAAGGGGGAGGAGGAUGGCAAAGAGCAGUCGCUGGAUGGGGUGCUUUGAGGAAGCUUGACAGUAGGCGGCGAGAUCGUCAGUCUAGGUCAUCAUUUGAUUCUGAUCUACCUUCUGUGGAGGAAGAGGAGGUGAAACAGUAUUUGAGUGAGGAGGGGAGAGAGGGGGGGGAGGGAGAGGAUGGGCCGAAAGGGAGAGUGAUGGAUGGUGGGAGAGAGGAGGAGGAUGGCAGAGAGGUGGAGGGUGAAAGAGAGGAGGAGGAUGAAAGAGAGGAGGAGGAUAUUAGAGAGGAGGAGGAUGCAGGAGAGGAGGAGGAUGAAAGAAAGGAGGAUGAAACAGAGGGGGAGGAUGAAAUAGAGGAGGAUGGGAGAGAGGAGGAGGACAAAAGACAGGGAGAGGAGGGGAGAGAGAUAGGGGAAGGAGGAGAUGCAAUGCGGAGAAUAGGGAAGAAGGAAGGAGAGUUGGAGGGGGGGAAUAGGAGUGAAGGGGAGGAGCAACAGAGAGAGCCAGAGGAGGGAAGGUGCAUCGGGGAUGUGGGAGUGAGGCAGCAGCCAAGACAGGCAGAGGAGGGUGUAAAGGUGCAAGGGGGGGAUGAGGUGGAGGGGGAGGGCGAGGUGGAGGGGGAGGGCGAGGUGGAGGGGGAGGGCGAGGUGGAGGGGGAACGAGGGGUCGAGGUACAAGGAGGGGCGAAGGAGAGUGCAGGGGUGAAGGGAGGAAAUACUUAA